AUGACCCCUUUCUAACCUCACUUUUCCAUCAAUUUCAUAAUUCAGCGAUUUAAGUGACACUAUUAAAUUUUUGCAGUCAGUUUUAUAAUUAGUAAAAAAAUUAACAGCUGUUAGUAAUUCUGGAAUUAAAUUUUUACAAAAUAAUAUCCUUGAACUUGAAAGUUUUCAUAACCUAACCAGAAUGUUACGUUAUUGGCAAAAAAUGAGACGUUUUUGCCCCACAAUUGCGAAAAUGAGACAAAUACACAACUUUUCACCUGAUAAAAACUAUGAUGUUAUUGUUGUGGGAGGGGGUCACUCCGGAAGUGAGGCAAGUGCUGCGGCAGCACGAACGGGGGCUCAAACACUCCUCAUAACGCACAAAAAAGAAACCGUAGGGGAGAUGUCAUGCAACCCUUCAUUUGGGGGCAUCGGAAAGGGGCAUUUGAUGCGAGAAGUGGAUGCCUUGGAUGGGAUUUGCGGCCGAAUGUGCGACUUGUCCGGUAUUCAGUAUAAAGUGCUCAAUAAAAGAAAAGGGCCUGCAGUUUGGGGCUACCGCGCCCAAAUCGACAGGGACCUUUACAAAAAACAUAUCCAAAACGAACUUUUCGAAAAUACUCCAAACUUGGACAUUUUAGUAGCUUCAGUCGAAGACUUAAUAGUGGAAAAUCCGACUACAAACAGUAAUAAACAAACCGUUAUAGAUUGUCGCGGUAUAAUUCUACAGGAUGGUACAAAAAUCUACUCCAAAAGUGUCAUAAUAACUACUGGUACUUUCUUAAAUGGUCAAAUAAAUAUCGGUACUAAAAUAUACCCAGCUGGGCGUAUUGGCGACCAACCAUCGAUCGGUUUGGCUAAAACUUUAGCUGCCUUGAAUCUCAAAAUGGGGCGUUUGAAAACAGGGACUCCCCCUAGACUCAAAUCAGAUACGAUAAAUUAUAAAGUCUGUGAUAUACAAAAGGGUGAUGACCCGCCUUUACCCUUCUCGUUUAUGAAUGAUAAAGUCUGGAUUAAGCCCGAGGAUCAAUUGGUUUGUUAUUUGACUAAGACUUCACUGGAUAUAGAACCGAUAAUCAAGAAUAACCUUCAUGUUAACCGGCAUGUAACCGAAGAAGUAACCGGUCCGAGGUAUUGUCCCAGUAUCGAAUCGAAAGUUUUACGAUUUGGUGGCCGCCAACACCAGGUUUGGUUAGAACCGGAAGGUCUAACUAGUGAUAUAAUUUACCCAAAUGGGUUAUCUUGCACUCUCCCAGAGGAACUACAAGUUGAGUUGAUUCAUUCCAUACCUGGGUUAGAAAAGGCUGAAAUUACCCGACCUGGGUAUGGGGUUGAAUACGACUUUGUGGAUCCCCGGGAAUUGCAAACCACCCUCGAGUUAAAAAGAAUCCCCAAUUUAUUCCUCGCCGGUCAAAUUAACGGAACUACAGGGUACGAGGAAGCGGCAGCUCAGGGGAUAAUCGCCGGAAUAAAUGCUGCAGCUCUUGUAGCUUUGGGUAAAUCCCCGAUUACUGUGAGCCGUACCGAAGGCUACAUCGGCGUUUUAAUCGACGAUUUGACAACAUUGGGAACUAACGAACCUUACCGAAUGUUUACGAGUCGAGCCGAAUUCAGACUAACCUUAAGGCCGGACAACGCCGAUCAAAGACUAACAGCUAAAGGUUAUAAUGUUGGGUGUGUGACUAAGGCUCGAUACGACAAAAUGGUGGCCAUGCAAGAAAAACUAAAAGACGGAAUUUCACUUCUGAAAAGUGUCACCAAACCGGCUCGCACCUGGAGAAAACUUUUAAAAAUAGCGCCAUCUAGGAAUAUGAUGCAAAAAUCGGCCUUUAAUAUGCUUGAUUGUUACAAUGAAGGGAUUACGAUUUCAAUGUUGGCAGCAGUGGCACCGGAAUUGUUGCCUUUAACACAUGACCCCUUGCUUGAAAAUCGGUUACACAUCGAAGCCACCUAUGAAGCUGCUGCUUGUGAACAAGCAGUUGAAGUCGAGGAAGUGAGGAAAGAGGAAGCUUUGCUCAUUCCCAAAGAUUUGGAUUACUAUGCAGAGAAUCUUAAUUUGAAUUCUGAAGAGAGGGAAAAAUUGUGUACUAUACAACCACAAACUAUUGCGGCCGCUAGUCGAAUUCCAGGGAUUAGUCCUUCUUCAGUUUUUAGAUUGUUGCGUUUCGUUAAGAAAAACCCAGCAGUAGAAGUUGUAUAAAACUCAUAAAUACAUUGAUAAGUUUUUAUUUUUGGCAUAUUUAAUUA